CACAGAGGGUGCCCCUGGGCUGGCAGAUCCCCAGGCUGCUCCCCCUCCCCGUUCCUCCCCCAAGCUCUCCCCGGGGCAGUUCCUGGCUCCUCCAGGAGAGUGGCUGCUGCUGGCCCCACUGCCCUUGGGGGGAGCACCGGCUGGCCAGCACUGCCCGGAGCGGGUUGGUGGCCACCGCCUGCCGCAGCUGGGGACGCUCAAGUGGCCAGGCUGCCUGUUGUGGGUGACCUUGCAGGGACAAGGGCAGCCGGCCGUGCUGCUCUGCUGCCCUUCCAACCCUGACCCCCCUCCCCUCCCUGCCCCCCAGGGCUGUUUUCGGCUAUGAGAAGCACCAUGACCUCAAGCUCCUGGAUUCCGGAGCCGGGGGCCCGGAUGAGCUGGCUGAAAAGUUCUCCACCACCAGCAUCAUGUACGGGCUGUGCCGCAUCCAAGACCCCGGCACCGGUGCUCACCGCAUCGUCCUCAUCCACUGGGUCGGGGAGCAGGCACCGGAGUCCCAACGUGAGGCGUGCGCUGGGCAUCUGCCCACCAUCAGAGCCUUCUUCAGGGAGGCCAGCGUGGUGCUGAGUGCCCGCCGCGCCGAGGAGGUGACGCAGGAGGGGCUGAGCCGAGCGCUGGCCAAGCUGGCCCCCACCGCUGCCCCCGCCCUCACCAAGAGGGUUCCCCCUCCGGAUGCCCAGGAGCUGGUGGGCACCAACUACCGCAAGACCAACCCGGCGCUGGAGAUCCGCCGGACCAAGCGGGACUCCUUCUGGGCCCAGGCUGAGCGCGAGGAGGAGCAGCGCAAGGAGGAGGAGCGGCGGCGGGCACUGGAGGAGCGCAAGCGCUGGGAGCGGGAGCGGAUGGAGGAGGAGAGGAGAGAGGCGGCCGAGCGGGAGCUCCGCUUCAAGGAGAAGGAGCGGAUGAUCGAGGAGCAGCGGAAGGAGCAAGCGCGGCUGGAGGCGGAGGAGCGAAGGAAGGAGAAGGCGCGAUGGGAGCAGCAGCAGCGGGAGUACGAGGAGGCCAUGCGGGAGCGCAGCCGGCGCAGCGAGUCCAUCGAGAAGGCGGCUGAGGCGGCCGUCCUGGUCUCCCAGCGCUCGCAGAACCCACGGGAUUUCUUCCGGCAGCGGGAGCGCUCAGGAUCCACCUCCGGCACCCCGCUGCCCGCCCCCCUUCUCGGCACCAGGCCUGGUGCCCGGCGGCCGUUCCUGCGGUACCAGCGCAGCCUGACGGAGUCGGCCUUCAUCUUCCGCCAGCCGGACCCACCGCCCUCACCCGGACCCCUCCAACCCGGGGCAUUCAGGGCUGCGCCCCCUCCCAGUCCCGGCCGACCCCAGCCUCCCCUCCCAACCAGUCCUAUAGGGAGGGGGACCUCUCCCGGUGCCCCCACUGGGACCCCCACCAGCCCUGCAGGGACAGGGACCCCUCCCUGUGCCCCCAGCAGGACCUCCAGCAGCCCCACAGGGAGGGGGACCCCUCCUUGUGCCUCCACCAGCCCCACGGGAAGGGGGUCUUCCCCUGCUGCUAGCCCCAUGGGGACAAGACCCCCUUCAUGUGCCAGCAUGGGGACCUCCCCCAGCCUUGUGGGUACAGGGCCCCCCCCUCUGGCCAGUCCCUUAGGGAAGGUGUCCCCCCCUCCCUGUGCCACCUGGAGUCCCCCCAGCCUGGCAGGGGCAGGGACAGGGUUCCCCCCCACCGUGCCUGGGCCAGUGCCCCUGUCCCCUGCCAGUCCCCCCAGGACGGGAUGCUCCCCUGGUCCCCCUGGGUCAGGAUCCCCUGACAGCACUCGUGGGGCAGAGCCCCUGCCCCCUUCCAGCACUCCAGGGCUGGGGCCCCCUAGCAGCCCCCCUUGCCAGCCUCCCCCAGGCAUCGAGGAGGCCAUGACUCUGCCUCCCCCCAGCUACUCUGGCACCCCCCAAGAUGAGGACGUGCCACCCCUGGACAAUCUCCCUCUCCCCAGCCCUCCAGCAUGGGGGUCUCCAGGACUGCUGGCGGGGCCAGGUGAGGGGGUCCCAAGCCCCCGGGGGGGUUCCCCCUUGCCCGGACUGACACCUGCCCCAAUGCCCCAGGCUGAGAUUCCCCCCCGCAGCCCCAGCCCCCCCAGCCUGCUGCAGGAUCAGACCCUUCCCCACCAGGAACCACAGCCAGGGUCUGUGGGGCAGCCGGGGCAGGAGCCAGCCCGAGGCAACUUGGGGCAUAACGGCAUCGGGGGCCAUGAGCAGGGGGGCUGGCCAGCCCCCUGGGAGGACACCCUCCUGGGGCAGCGGGCUCAGCCCCUCACCCUCUCUCUCUGCCCAGGCUUCGCCAUGAUGCUGGCCCGUGAUGGCCCCCACCCGCAGCUGCCGGGGGGCACCAGCCCCCCUGCCGAGGAUGAGGACCUCUCUCCCCACGCCGUGUAG